GUGGCUACAGCAAUUCAGCAUUUUCUUGAGACGUCAGUCAACGUUUUCUUUGGAAAAAUCAGCAAGCAAACCGUAAUCAGAAUGACAGAAGAUAUACCAACUAAACUUAUUUACGCUCAGAACUGUAAACAAGGCGCUGUCAGGGCUGUUAGAUUCAAUGUUGAUGGCUCAUACUGCCUAAGCUGUGGAAGUGAUAAAAGUGUCAAACUGUGGAAUCCACACAGACAGCUGUUGCUUAAGUCUUACAUUGGACAUGGGUAUGAAGUUCUGGAUGCCCAGAGCUCUGGUGAUAACAGCCAGAUAUGUUCUGGUGGAAUGGAUAAAACUGUCAUGGUGUUUGAUGUUGCUUCUGGAAAAUCACUAAGGAAAUACAGAGGUCAUGCAGGAACUGUAAAUUGUGUACGAUUUAAUGAAGAAUCAACACUUGUUUUGUCUGGUUCCAUAGACUGCUCUGUAAAGAUAUGGGAUUUGAAAUCAAGGAAAAUGGAACCAGUCCAGGUUCUAGAUGAAUCCAAGGACAGUGUUACAUGUAUACAAGUAUCAGAUUAUGAGAUACUCACUGGGUCAGCUGAUGGCAGAAUUAGGAGAUAUGAUUUACGAGUUGGCAAACUUUAUGCUGAUCUUAUUGGAAAUUCUGUGACUAGUGUCAGCUUUACCAGAGAUGCACAGUGUGUUUUGGUAUCAACUCUAGACAACAGCUUGAAACUAAUGGACAAAGAUUCAGGAGAAAUGCUGAAUGAAUACACUGGACAUAAGAAUAGUGAUUACAGGAUUGACAGUUGUUUAAACAGUAAAGACACGCAUAUACUUAGUGGCUCAGAAGAUGGUGCUGUUUAUAUAUGGGAUCUAAUAGAGGCCAAGGUUAUACAUAAACUUGAUCAUGAGGGACAGAAAGCUGUGCAUUCUCUAACAUAUCAUCCAUCAGAAACUUGCCUAGUAACAGCAGCUGGAGAUAAAAUGUUUGUAUGGAAAUCAAAAUAUGCAGCUAGCCUUGAUACUUGACAGGAGUAUAAAAAUCAAGAUAUGCAGCUAGCUGUGAUACUUGAUAGGAGUAUAAAAAUCAAGAUAUGCAGCUAGCCUUGAUACUUGACAGGAGUAUAAAAAUCAAGAUACGCAGCUAGCCUUGAUACUUGACAGGAGUAUAAAAAUCAAGAUACGCAGCUAGCCUUGAUACUUGACAGGAGUAUAAAAAUCAAGAUACGCAGCUAGCCUUGAUACUUGACAGGAGUAUAAAAAUCAAGAUAUGCAGCCAGCCUUGAUACUUGAUAGCACAAAGGAAUAUUAAGUAUUGAAGUCAGAAUAUACAGCACGCCUUGAUUCUGAAAAGGCAAGGGGGUAUUGAUCCGUGAUAGACAUUGCUUUAUACCUUGAUACACACAGCAAAGUCUGUGGGUGAAAAUUUUGUUGUAUUAAAUUCUGAAAUGAAGUGGAAAAGAUGAAUUCAGAGAAGAAUUAUGUUCAAUAGUGGAUGGAAAAAUGACGGAUUGUUUUAUAGAAAAUUACAAAUGGUAUUGUGUUCUGUUUCCUUUUUUUAACACUGACUGUGAUAUACCAUUUGAAAGGUUAUUCAGUGUUCUAAUUCCUCAGAUUAUUUAUAUCUUAAAAUCUUUAUGGCUGUUAUACUUAUUGCGUAUUCUUUUAUAUUGUAUCUCUAUAAAAGUCAUUUCUCUAAAUCUUACUAUGUCCUAACUCCUUGAUAACCAGUCAGAUAUGUUGCAGAGAGCCAUGUGACAACAGUCUAAAAAAACAUACCUUCACUGAAAAUGAUGGCCAAAGAAAUAACAAAAGGCCAUACAUCUCCCUGAAUAAUGGUAAAAAUAUCUGCCUUUUUAGCUCGACUAUUCAUAGAAUAGUAGAGCUAUUGGACUCGCCCAUGCGUCGGCGUCCGCAUCCGCGUCCCGAUUUGGUUACGUUUUUGUAUGUAAGCUGGUAUCUCAGCAACCACUUGUGGGAAUGGAUUGAAACUUCACACACUUAUUCACUGUGAUAAACUGACUUAUAUUGCACAGGUAACAUACCUCUAUUUUGCUUUUUUUCAAAAUUAUGUCCCUUUUUUGACUUAGAAAUUUUUGGUUAAGGUUUUGUAUGUAAGCUGGUAUCUCAGUACUCACUAAUUAGAAUGGAUUGAAACUUCACACACUUGUUCACUGUCAUAAUCUGACAUGCACAAAGCAGGUCCCAUAACUUUAUUUUCCUUACUUACAAAAUUAUGCCCCUUUUUCAACAUAGAAAUUUUUGGUUAAGUUUUUGUAUGUAAGCUGGUAUCUCAGUAUCCACUAACGGGAAAAGAUUGAAACUUCACACACUUGUUAUUUGUCAUGAUAUGACAUGCAGUGCAAAGGGUCAAUAACUCAACUUCGCAUUUUACAAAAUUAUGCCCCUUUUUGGGUUAAAUUCUUAUAUGUAAGCUGGUAUCUCAGUACCCACUAAUGGGAAUGGAUUGAAACUUCACACACUUGUCCACUGUCAUGAGCUGAUAAGCACUAUACAGGUUCCAUAACCGUAUUUUGCUUUUUAUGCCCCCGAAGGGAGGCAUAUAGUUUUUGAACCGUCUGUCGGUCUGUCUGUCAGUCUGUCCGCAAUUUUUGUGUCCGGUCCAUAUCUUUGUCAUCGAUGGAUGGAUUUUCAAAUAACUUGGCAUGAAUGUGUACCACAGUAAGACGACGUGUCGCGCGCAAGACCAGGUCCC